AGAAAGACUCGGGCGACGACUGUUAUGCACUGGGGUUGGAACCCAACUAAUAUCACCUCCGAGAGCUUAAUCCUAGGCAAGACGGUUCAAAGGACAACCCAUCGAAAUUUCUAGUGGCAGAUGGCCUUUUUUACUACACCCUUCGUGGAGUGACGAUUCGAUACUGGAAUCCAUACGAUCUCGUUGGACUUUUCUUUGUCAUUUCCUAAGCCGUUCAACAAUGAAGCCAAGGAACAUUUCUUUCUUCCGCUGACAGCGGUGUACGUUCGACGGAGCGGGCAAAUUGCGUUGAGCCGAGUCAAGGCUUCUGGCGGCAUUCAGAAACUGCCUGCGCGGUUUCACUGCACGUGGUGUGAGAAAGAAGGGAUAACCCAAUGUUUUUUCCUUGGAGGUACGGAGUAUUCCGUACAGAUAUGAAUUCGAUAAAAAUGACGUGUGAGGCUGGGAGAAAAUCUUGAAGUAUGAACGAUACAAGCUCCUCUGCGAGAUUGCAUUUCCCACGAAAGACUUCAAUGUUUCUGGAGCUAGAAUGGCGAUACGGUGCCAAGAUACAGGAAUUGCGCUGGAACGUAUCCUUCUAUUGAAGCCUUACAAUGAGACGCAUAUUGACAAAGCAUAUGGCCUUACAAUUCUACCCACCUUCUUUGAUAAACAAGGCAGCAAGGGAAAGGGCAAACCCCAGAUCAAAUAUAUUUAUAGCAGAGAGCUAUGAUAACCCCUGUGACAACUGCAAAGAGUUAAUCAAAAGGUGUGCUGGAAGAGGACCUCAACUUAUUUCAUGCACCAAAAGGGGCCACAGUAUUAAUGUGGUGAUACCGCAAAAAAAACUAGCGGCGGAUUCAUUGCAUGUAUGUACGGCAGGCAUGUACGCAGUGAUUAUAGCUAUUUUCCCCACCACCAACGGCUAA